UUCGCCAUUUUCUAUUACGUGAAAUCAGUCAUCUGUGUGCGGGUGCGUUGCUAACUAAUAGUCAUACUUAUGUUGUAGGAGUUGGUAAUCUGUGUUUGUAGUUUGGCUGCUGUGUAAAAGUGGAAUUGCGUGAAGAUAGAAUAGAAGAGGCAUCAUGCAACCACAAAUCAUCCUAUUGAAAGAGGGCACCGAGAAUUCCCAAGGUAAAUCUCAUCUGGUGUCAAACAUAAGUGCCUGCCAAGCAGUUAUGGAUGCUGUUCGUACCACCUUAGGCCCUCGGGGAAUGGAUAAACUUAUUGUGGAUAAUCAUGGAAGGUCUACAAUUUCUAAUGAUGGGGCAACCAUUAUGAAGCUAUUGGACGUUGUUCAUCCAGCAGCAAAGACGCUGGUUGAUAUUGCCAAAUCUCAAGAUGCUGAGGUCGGCGAUGGAACAACUAGUGUCGUACUUUUAGCCGGUGAAUUCCUGAGGCAGAUAAAACCUUUUGUUGAAGAUGGUGUUCAUCCACGCAUUAUUAUUAAAGCAUUUCGUAAAGCUAUGCAGCUAACGGUCGAGAAGAUUAACAGCUUAGCAGUGAAGAUUGAGAAACAGAAUGCCGAAGAGCUUCGGCAGCUGCUUCAGAAAUGUGCCGCUACAGCCCUGAGUUCGAAGCUCAUCAGUCAGCAGAAGGGAUUCUUCUCAAAGAUGGUGGUGGACGCUGUUCUGUUGUUGGAUGACCUCCUUCCACUCAACAUGAUUGGCAUAAAAAAAGUUACUGGUGGGGCUUUAGAGGAUUCGUUGUUGGUAGAAGGUGUGGCUUUUAAAAAAACAUUUUCAUAUGCUGGGUUUGAGAUGCAGCGAAAAGAGUACAACCACCCCAAAAUUGCCCUUUUAAACAUUGAGUUGGAACUGAAAGCCGAAAGAGAGAAUGCCGAAAUUCGAGUCGAGAGCGUGGCGGAGUAUCAGAAGAUCGUGGAUGCGGAAUGGAAGAUCUUGUAUGAGAAACUGGAUAUGAUCCAUAAGAGCGGGGCGCAAGUGGUUCUUUCGAAGCUUCCGAUUGGAGACGUCGCAACUCAGUAUUUUGCUGACAGGGACAUGUUCUGUGCGGGUCGCGUGCCUGAAGAGGACUUAAAGCGCACCAUGAAAGCUUGCGGUGGUUCCGUCAUGUCUACUGCUCAUGAUCUCGGCGAUUCUGUUCUCGGCUCUUGCGACUACUUUGAAGAGAGGCAGGUCGGAGGUGAAAGGUACAACAUCUUCAAUGGCUGCCCCCACGCCAAGACUUGCACCAUAGUUUUACGAGGCGGGGCAGAGCAAUUCAUGGAAGAGACGGAACGUUCACUCCACGAUGCUAUAAUGAUAGUGCGGCGGGCCAUAAAGAACGACGCAGUUGUGGCAGGUGGAGGUGCUAUCGAGAUGGAACUCAGCAAGGUUCUUCGUGAUUAUUCUCGUACCAUCGCCGGAAAGGAGCAACUGAUAAUAGGAGCUAUCGCCAAGGCCCUUGAAGUGAUUCCUAGGCAGCUGUGUGACAACGCCGGCUUUGACGCAACAAACAUCCUGAACAAGUUACGUCAGAAACAUGCACAAGGUCAUUGCUGGUAUGGGGUGGACAUCAACAACGAAGACAUCUCGGACAGCUUUGAAAUGUGCGUUUGGGAGCCGGCUGUCGUGAAGAUCAAUGCUCUUACAGCGGCGUGCGAGGCAGCGUGCUUGGUGCUCUCGGUGGACGAGACCAUCAAGAAUCCUAAACCCAGUGGUGACGGAUCUGAAGGUCCUCCUAUUGGACGUGGCAUGGGUAGGCCCAUGUAACUUUUUUGGCAGAACAGAGAAUUCCAUCUGCUUGAACUUACGGAACCUUAACGCUGGUAUGUUCGCGUAUUCACCGCUGAGAGUAACCAGUGAAAGUACUAUUGGAAAUGCAUCCCUAAAACUUGCUGGUCGUCGUCGUCGUCCAUGCAAGUAUGUUAAUCUCGUGAUUUCCAUACUGAGUUUACUGCAACUAAUUCCAUAACUUCACUUCCUUUUCCUUUACAGUUUAAUUUUGAAAAUCAAGCUUUGGGUUAAUAAAUAAACAGUAAAUAAUUC